GGAAACUAACAGACUCGGAUGCCCUUUUGGAGAACUUUUAGCGUUUUCAUUCAUCUUGAUUUUGUCACAACUCACAUUUACAGAGGAUCUGUGUUGUUCUGGUGGAAGAGAGGUAGAGGGUGGUCUCCCUGGAUUGAGGAGAGGGAGAAUAGAAGCCCAAGACUAUUAAGAUUCUCAAAAUGGUUUCCUACCCAGGACUCCAUGUCUGGGUCAGUCAAGAACCGUUUCCAUACAAGGAAAUGGAAGGAAGUCUUUCUAAGGAGAGACUUCCGGUGCCAAAGGAAGUGAACCGCAAGAAGACGGAUGAGACCCAGGCUGCCUCGGAGGCUCCCGCUGGCAGCAAUGCACUCCACUUCCCCAAUAUCAGUUACCUCCACCUUUUUUAAUCGUGACACCUCCAUUUGUAUUGCAUAUGGUGUAUGGGUGUUGAUGAGAUCAUGAUAUCAUAUAUGGGAUUUUUUUUUUUUCUGUGUAAAUCAUCAAGUAUAAGAGGAAACUAUGGGACUCUGAGCCUUGCUUUAGAGAAUUUUCAGUGGACAAAUAGGUAUCAUCAAACCAGUUUUUAAUCAUUCUGACUCAAGUGAAAAUGCUCAGAAUUUCACACUGUGAAUCCACGUUUACAACCCCCUACAGGUGGGCCUUCAGGCCUGGUUUGCUACAACAAUGUCUUCCACAACUCAAACUCUCACUGCGCUCACACAACCGGUCCACUCCUGCCUUUUCAUUCACACAGCUCCCGACUGCUUCUGGCAGAGGCUGAGAGUCCCCUUUUAUUUUCAUUUAGAUAUAACAAGCCUGGUAGUUUAUGUUCAUCAAUCGUCUGUAUAUCUCUAUAUUUUAUCCAUGUACUCUUGAUGUAUAGAAGUAGUUUGAAACUCAUUGUUUCCUUGUGGUAAGUGACCGAGGUGCUGCCACAGGACCUGAGACACUGAUGAAUGGUGCUAUUUUGGACUUUCAACAUGCUCCUUGGCGAGGUAGCUCUGAUGGAGUUAUUUUUUAUUUCCAUGUUCUAAGAAGGUGUCGGUACUUUGUUUCCCUGAACGUUGUUCUCUAGACUGGACUGACUUGUUCUCCUUGUGUCUUCAGUGUGGCUUUCUUCCUCAGUGUUGUAGGAUGAGCAAAUGCUACCAAGAGUGUGGGAGACUGCUUGCUGUCUCAUUGGCUGGCACUCAUGCACGCAGUCACUGGUAGCGGGAGCAAUCACAAAACUGUAAUUUACUUACCAAAUCUCUUCCUUUGUGUAACCUCGCCUGCCUGACCUAGAGAAAGAAAAGCAAUAAUUUUACAGGCAUUUUAAGGUAUCGUUUUUGGAUUCUUUUUGUUUGACUGGAUAUAUUUUUUUGGUCCAGUCUUUCACUUUUUUUUUUUUUUUUAAAUAAGUGCUCUUUUAAAAAUUCCAAAGCACUGGUUUCUGAGUACGAAUAUGAAAAUCUUACCUUUGUCAAAAAUUAAAUUGGAAAAAUGUCCUUAUAAAAUAAUUAACCAUAAUAGCAAAAAGGCAGAACACCUGUUUUGGCAAUUUUGAUAAGCAAGGUGUAGAUUUUACAUUUUUGUCCUUGCUCCCAAUGAAAUGGAUAAACAAAUCUAAAACCAGAUAAUACCAUCUAUUCACAGAAUGUUGUUGUGUUAGCCAGACUGAAAGCCCACCUUAAUUUUUAUAUAACUGUCUUUUAGCUCUUCCUUUGACAGGGCAGACCUUGUUCUGAACUGUUGCGCUUCUGACUGUUAAACACGGAUGACGCAUGCUGGACUCCGCUCUCUCCUCGCUCCCCCAUUUCCCCGAGUUUUGUGUGCAUCCCUCCCGCCUCCCCUUUGUCAGGAUAGGUAUAUCAGCUAUGUAAAUAAAGCAAGAAACAGUAUUCUGCAUCUGUGGCAUUUCUGUAGAGUUGCAGCGUGUAACUGCUGAAAAUGCAGGCUUUUGUAACAAUGUGAUCUUUACUUGCACUCAUAAGUACCCAACGUAUUUUAGCUAUUUUAGUAGUAUUGUUCAAUAAAUAUGCAAGCUGUAAGAUAA